AUGGAAGAUGAGAUCGCCGACCUUGUCGACGAGUUUGAGCGGACGCAAGGAGGUAGCCGGUACAAUGAGCCCGAUACCUCGGCUUCCGAGAACUCCGAGCCCAAGCGUGAGCUCUCUGCUGAACAGACGAAGGCCCUGCUAUCUGAGCUGAGCCACCAGCAACGAGAGGAGCUCUGUCAGGUGCUGAAGGCACAGCAAGAUGGUGAGAAGGACAUCAGGCUUUCACCCGAGCUCGCCAGAAUACUCCAGAGGUUCCAGCGCCGUGCGGGACUUGGGCCUAACGGGCCCCUACACAGCGGAGAGGAAACCUGGCCAAUGUACUUGGGCAUCGUGCUGUUCAUAGUCAUUGCCAUCGUCUUCGCCUACAUCUACAUCCAGGAGCAGGCCGCCAACGAGGAGGAAGAGCGGUUUCACGAGGAGGACGCCUACUGGCUCUUCCGUGAGUUCGGGUAG